UGACUCCUGAGGCAUAACGCCAAAUCUCCCCCCUCCAUCUCCAUUCUUCAGUCCCUUUCUCCAAUCUCUACUGUGUAGUCACACAUCACUCUCCUCAAGCUCUGUCGCCAACACGCAGUGCCCACACUGCUACAUUUAUUGUGCACUGCCCCAUUACCUCCGCUUUCUCCAGUUGAUUAAAUUGAAGGAAAGCUUUAAAGGGUAGUGGUUCAAUAUCAAUUUUCAACUGCUUUUUGGUGCAAGAGAAUGGAGAGAACGAAGAAAUAUAGGCAACUGAGCCCAGAACGGGCCAAAGUGUGGAGAGAAAAAUCGCCCAAGUAUCACUACAACCAGCUGCCGCCGCAGCACAAGCAGAAGGUGCCUGUAAUUUACUAUCUAUCUCGAAAUCGCCAGCUCGAGCAUCCUCAUUUCAUGGAGGUCACCCUCUCCACUCCAGAUGGCCUUUACUUGAGAGAUGUAACUGAGAGGCUUAAUGCUUUGAGAGGCCGAGGCAUGGCUUCGAAUUACUCCUGGUCCUGCAAGAGGAGUUACAAGAACGGAUAUGUAUGGCAUGAUCUUUGCGACGAUGAUAUAAUCCUUCCUGCUCAUGGGAAUGAGUAUAUCCUCAAGGGUUCAGAGUUUUUUGAUGAUUCCAAUUAUGGUAACUUUAGUCCUGCUGAGACUGUCAUAUUACAUAAUCAGAAGGCACUUCCAGAGCCACCAUGUUCAAGAAGCCAAGAGGAGUCGUCAUCUUCAUCUAGCUUGAUUGACAGGGCUACAAAGACUUCUCAGGAGGAUGAGUUAUCGCCUCCUGAUCAGCGUCCUCAUUCCUCUUCCGUGUCUCCUGAAUGCAGCAUUGAGAAUAAUUCAUCGUGGAAUGGCUCUAUGAGUGUUACAGAGUAUAAAGUCUACAAGAGCGAUGGUUUUGCUGAUGCUUCCACUCAAACUGAGGAUAAUGUGAACAGAGGUACUACUAGAGCCCAGCUUUCUUGUAUGAGAGGUGUGUCAACUGAUGAUGGACUAGUGGAGCCUGAAAGUAGUGGAGCUUGUCCUAGACUAACUCCUAAAGUAAAAGCCAAUCCACAGAUUCACAGAGAUUUUGUUUCACCACCUCCUUCUACAUCCAGUGCUUCUUCUUCAAGUGGCAGGACCGACACCUUGGAAUCUCUCAUUAGAGCUGAUGCUAGGAAGCUCAACAGCUUUAGGAUACUUGAAGAAGAAGACUUUCGAUUGUCAUCCCAUUCUAAACUAAAGGCUUCAAAUAUGAUAAUGCAACUGAUAUCUUGUGGUUCAGUAUCUGUCAAGGAUCAUAGCUUUGGCCUAAUCCCGAGCUACAAGCCAAGGUUCUCACACUCCAAAUUUCCAUCCCUGUUGUUCUCAAAAUCAUUAAUGUUGGGAGAGCUUGAUUGCCUGGCAGAGAAUCCUCGUCUUAUUGGCAUGCCUUUGGAGGACAAAGAGUACUUCAGUGGGAGUUUGAUAGAAAGGAAUAUGAUGAAGGAAGGUGCACCCAAAUUAAAAAGAUCAUCUUCGUUUAAUGCUGACCGAAGUAUCAAGCAACUUGAUUCUAUUGAAGACAAAAAUGAGGGAGGUUCCACUCGCACAAAGUGCAUCCCAAGAUCAAUUAAAGUCGCUCUGAGCAAGCAGUCGAGAUAUGACUCUAUGCGGUCCCCUGUUUCAGAGGGACCAAGAAUCUCAUCCGACGGAGUAAGGAGUUCAAGAGCAUCCACACCAGCCUCAUCGAAUGGUGGGAGCAAGAGAAUCACUGAGCCACUCCCAGGGAAACAUUUGUCUAACACAUUAGAUUCUUCCAAAAAUCUGAACAAGAAUGUGAUCCAAAUUGAAGAAAGUUAAAUGCCAAUUGCAGACCCUUUUAGCAUACAUAAUUCAGUGUCAAGUUCACACUGCUCUCUUCCUCUUCAUGUAGGUUGAAGAAGUAAUUCGUCUCCAUUUUCUCCAAUAGGCUUACUUCAGGAGCUCGGGUUGUAAUUCAGUCGAAAGUAUGUUCUGACAGUGUGGGUAGCUCAUAAUGGACAUGUAUGAGACUUAAAGAGAUGGAAGACUUAUCACACUAUUUUCUGAAUGAAUUGUUCACAUCGAUGGAACCAUGGUUGAAGCCUUUUGAGGUGACUCUUCAUCUCAUGCAUAAGCAUUUUUGUUUUCGUGGAAAUAUUUUCGAUUGAAUUAUGUUGAAUCUUCGACUUUAGUGUCGUUUUUGCUGGUAAGAGUUAAGGCAGGCCAUAGGAGUACCGAGUA